AUGAUUUCUUCUUUUUUCUCUGAAUUUUUCCUCCCUCUUUCUUUCUCUCUUUUUUACUAUUUUCAUCAUUCAUCUUUCUUUCUUUCUGUUUCUUUGCUGCUUUUUAUUCUCUCUCUUUUUCACUUUCUCUUCUUCCACCUCCCACUUUUUUCUGUUUUUUCUUUCUCUCUCUUUACCUUUCUCCUCUUCCUCUUCUUCCACCUCUCACUUUUUCUGCUUUUUUUCUUUCUCCCUCUUUACCUUUCUCCCUCUUUACCUUUCUCCUCUUUCUCUUCUUCCACCUCCCACUUUUUCUGUUUUUUCUUUCUCCCUCUUUCCCCUUCUCCUCUUUCUCUUCUUCCACCUCCCACUUUUUCUGUUUUUUCUUUCUCCCUCUUUACCUUUCUCCUCUUCUUCUUUCUCCCUCUUUACCUUUCUCCUCUUCUUCUUUCUCCUCUUUACCUUUCUCCUCUUCUUCUUUCUCCCUCUUUACCUUUCUCCUCUUCUUCUUUCUCCCUCUUUACCUUUCUCCUCUUCUUCUUUCUCCCUCUUUACCUUUCUCCUCUUCUUCUUUCUCCCUCUUUACCUUUCUCCUCUUCUUCUUUCUCCUCUUCUUCUUUCUCCUCUUCUUCUUUCUCCUCUUCUUCUUUCUCCUCUUCUUAA